UUAGCCUAUUUGCUUUAUUUUGUUUAGGAUUGUAUUUCUCUUGCGCAAUCUCUCAAAAUAGUUCUAACCAAAAGUUAAUAUUUAUUUUUAUAUAUAUUUUUAUUGGGUAAAAUUUGUCUAUUGAAUCAAUUAUAGUUUACCACCUCUCACAAUAGGUGAAUGGUAGCAGAUUAACUUCUAUAUAAAAGAUUGAGAUUUGACCUCUUUUUCAAGCAUGAUUGAGGAUUUAGGAUAUAUUUAAUGUGAUUUGUUGACAUUGUAAAAAAAAAAAAAAAAUUGUAGUUUUGUUAAGUAGUGUUGGUCACAAUGUUUUUCAAGGAAUCACCACCGCAAUAGGCAAAUGGUCAUUCCUUCAAUUUUUAUGUGGAAUGUGAAAGGUUGACGGUUUGACUCUCUUUUAAAAUAUCCUUCUAAAAUAUAUUUAUGCGUUGUUGAUGUAUGUGGACUUUUCAUAUACAUAAAUUUUAUAAAACUGUUUUCUAGUCCUAAUUACAGGCAGUGAGAUGAGAAAUAUCAUUUUUAAUAAGUUAGAAAUUAAAGAAAAUAUAAAAUUUUCUUGAUUUAUGUGUAAAAUUGACAAUACUAGAUUAAAAAAUUAUAAAAAACUAUAACAAUAGUGUUGUGUUGUUAUUAAGAACCGAUUCACUUAUUAAAUCGGGUCGGAUCCGUUUGUCUUAACGGGUACUAAACCGACAAUGCGGUUUGGCGGGCUUUCGGGAGCUCUCCACAUCAUUCCAGAGAAGCGUCGAAGUGUUCUUUUUGCACCGAGAAUACAAAAGAGAAAGCAAGGAACUCCAACCCUCUCUCUGUCUCGCUAUCUCUCUCUUCUCAGCACUGCUAGGAAUGGCUGCCAGUGUGCUUCUCCGCUCCAUCAUGCGCUCUAUGCCGAACCACUUGAGACCUUUGUGUGGCAAUGCACAAACUCUAUGGGCUACUUCACCUCUGCAUCACAGAAGCUUGAUGUCGGGGAGAACAUUUAGCUCAAAAACAUCAGGAAACGAUGUCAUUGGGAUUGAUUUAGGCACGACAAAUUCAUGUGUUGCCGUUAUGGAAGGAAAGACGCCUAAAGUCGUAGAAAACUCUGAAGGAUCACGAACCACGCCGUCAGUGGUAGCUUUUAACCCAAAAGGGGAGAUCCUUGUUGGAACUCCAGCAAAACGCCAGGCAGUGACCAACCCCUCAAACACCAUUUUUGGGACAAAGCGACUAAUAGGCCGCCACUUUGAUGACCCUGUGGUACAAAAGGAGAUGAAAAUGGUCCCUUACAAGAUAGUUAAGGCUCCUAAUGGAGAUGCAUGGGUUGAAGCAAAUGGACAGCAAUUCUCACCGAGCCAAAUUGGCGCAUUCAUACUGAAAAAAAUGAAAGAAACUGCUGAGUCUUAUUUGGCUAGACCGAUUUCUAAAGCAGUUAUUACUGUUCCUGCUUAUUUCAAUGAUGCUCAACGGCAGGCUACAAAAGAUGCAGGGAGAAUUUCUGGGCUCAGUGUAGAGAGAAUCAUCAACGAACCUACCGCAGCAGCUCUAUCCUAUGGGCUCAAUGACAAGGAGGGUCUUAUAGCUGUCUUUGAUCUUGGAGGAGGUACUUUCGAUAUUUCGAUUUUGGAAAUAUCGAAUGGCGUGUUCGAGGUUAAAGCAACGAAUGGCGAUACAUUCUUAGGAGGAGAAGAUUUUGAUAAUGUUCUAGUGGAGUACUUAGUGAAUGAGUUCAAGAGAACUGAGGGAAUAGAUCUUUCAAAAGAUAGGUUGGCGCUUCAGAGGCUUCGUGAGGCGGCUGAGAAGGCCAAGGUUGAGCUAUCAUCGACAACCCAAACGGAGAUUAAUUUGCCAUUUAUAACAGCAGAUGCAUCGGGACCAAAGCAUAUGACAAUGACGCUGACAAGAUCAAAGUUUGAGAGUUUGGUGAGUCACUUAAUUGAAAGGACUAAGGAGCCAUGCAAGAAUUGUUUGAAGGAUGCCGGUAUGUCUAGUAAGGACCUCGACGAGGUUCUUCUUGUUGGAGGAAUGACUAGAGUCCCGAAAAUCCAACAACUGGUGAAAGAGAUCUUUGGGAAGGAGCCGAGCAAGGGCGUGAAUCCAGAUGAAGCUGUUGCAUUGGGAGCUGCUGUUCAGGGUGGCAUCCUUCGCGGAGAUGUUAAGGACCUUCUUCUUUUGGAUGUUACUCCACUAUCUCUUGGUAUUGAGACUCUUGGUGGUGUGUUUACAAGAUUGAUCAACAGGAACACUACCAUUCCUACUAAGAAAAGUCAGGUAUUUUCCACAGCAGCGGACAAUCAGACCCAGGUAGGUAUCUGUGUACUGCAAGGUGAGCGUGAAAUGGCAGCCGGCAACAAACUUCUGGGCGAAUUUGAGCUUGUUGGAAUCCCUCCUGCACCCAGAGGCAUGCCACAGAUUGAAGUCACAUUUGAUAUUGAUGCCAAUGGAAUUGUGACUGUUUCUGCUAAAGAUAAAGCCACUGGCAAAGAGCAACAGAUCACGAUUCGAUCCUCCGGGGGACUAACAGAGGAUGAAAUACAGAAAAUGGUUAAGGAAGCUGAGCUGCACGCACAGAAGGACAAAGAAAGGAAAGCUCUGAUUGAUAUCAGGAACACCGCGGAUUCCACAGUAUACAGUAUUGAGAAGAGCCUGAGUGAGUACAAGGACAAAAUUCCAGCCGAGGUUGUUUCAGAGAUACAAUCUGCAUUGGAGGAUUUGCGGAAUGAAAUGGCGGGAAGUGAUGUCGAUAAGAUAAAGGCUAAGAUUGAUGCCACAAAUAAGGCUGUCUCAAAGAUCGGUCAGCACAUGACUGGUGGCGGCGUUGGUGGAUCACCGGGUGUAGAUCAGACUCCGGAGGCAGAGUACGAGGAAGUGAAGAAGUGAAUGUCACAGAAGGUAAUGCUAAGUAACUCUUUGAAUGACAACAUUUCCAUGAAUGCCACAAGUAAAAUGUUUAUUGAACCUCAAGUUUUGAAAUUAUCAGCUUCUACUUGUCACUAUCCUUGGUUGAUUUUCAUUUGUUUCUAACUAUAGUGUCAUAUGGGUUUGAGUUCAUAAAUUUAGAUAUAGAUAUGUAAUAUAUG